GCUUUGAUGUGCGCCGCAGUUCAGACAAAAAGAACAAGUACAACAUUAUCUUAAGGAAGAAACUGGUUUGUUCACGUGAAGGUUACAAAGCGGGGAAAAAAUCGGAUCCACCAGAAACGGUAAUUGGAAAAAGACCAAACGUCGUAAGCCAUCUAACGAGUCCGGUGCAUGGCAAAGAUUGUGUUCAAAAUAGACGGUGCGGGAGGUAUUUAGUCACGACAUUCGAAGAGGGGCACGCACACUGUUUGUGCAAUGAUAGCUAUAAACCGUUCUUGAAAGUAAAUAGGAAAUUGGAUGUUGGUCACCAACAGUUCAUAACAAAUUGCGCAAAGGUGAAUGUGGGCUCGAGCAAAAGCUUUGAAAUAUACGCAGAGGUUGUGGGUGGAACAGAAAACGUUGGAGCAACACAACAAGAUUUCAAAAAUUACCGACGGGAAGUCUUGGCAUACAUGCACGGAGGAGACUGCCAAAUGGUAAUAUCCAAAUACCUGGAUAUCAAGGCUGACUACCCUGACAUGUACUUCGAGUACGAAGCAAACCAUAACGACCAAUUGAUACGGAUUUUUUGGUCGGAUGGUGUGGCGCGGAAACAUUACAGUGCGUUUAGAGAUGUUGUGUCCUUCGAUGCGACGUACAAGACUAACCGGUAA